GCAUUAGGUUUGCCGUGGAGCCCCGCCGCUGUCAAAACACUUCGCCAUUUCAGUCCAGGAGGAGGAACUGGGUCAGCGGAGCGGAGCUGGCAGCUUCUUAUUUUCAGUCCUCGGUUAGUUGGUUCCGAUGCGAAUGACCUGGCUGGUUCCGAUGAGCUUUUUCUUCGUGGGGCCCGGUUGAAGAGUAAAGUUAGCUUUCGGAUUUCCUUCUUCCAGCUACUGAGCUAGCUGUGUGAGUAAACAAGGAUGAAACGGAUGAAAGGAGGAGAGGAGGCGAGUAGCGGUGAAAGCCCACCCGAGGUUUGCAAAAAGGUGCGUACGGAGGAGGAAGAGGAGCCCGUGGCAGACUGCGAUUCUCCAGACUGCGACUGGACGCUGCUGCCUCAGGAGAUCCUGCUGCAUAUUUUCCAGUAUCUCCCCCUGCUGGACCGGGCUUACGCCUCGCAGGUGUGCCGCGGCUGGAACGAGGCUUUCCACAUGCCAGAGCUGUGGAGGUGCUUCGAGUUCGAGCUCAAUCAGCCGGCCAGCUCGUACCUUAAAGCCACACAUCCCGACCUCAUCAAGCAGAUUAUUAAGAGACACUCCAACCACCUCCAGUACGUCAGCUUCAAGGUGGACAGUAGCACAGAGUCUGCGGAGGCAGCUUGUGACAUUCUGUCACAGUUGGUGAAUUGUUCACUCAAGACCUUGGGGCUCAUUUCUACAGCCAGACCCAGCUUCAUGGAGGUUCCAAAGUCUCACUUCAUCUCGGCUCUGACCGUGGUGUUCGUCAACUCCAAAUCUCUGUCCUCGCUGAAGAUCGACGACACGCCGGUGGACGAUCCGUCCCUGAAGGUGCUGGUGGCAAACAACAGUGACACCUUGAAGCUGCUGAAGAUGAGCAGCUGCCCUCAUGUUUCCCCUGCAGGGAUCCUGUGUGUGGCGGACCAGUGUCACGGGCUGAGAGAGCUGGCCCUCAACUACCACCUCCUCAGCGACGAACUCCUGCUCGCCCUCUCCUCAGAGAAACACGUCCACCUGGAGCACCUUCGCAUCGACGUGGUGAGCGAGAACCCGGGCCAGCACUUCCACACCAUCAGGAAGAGCAGCUGGGACGCCAUGGUUCGCCACUCGCCCAAAUUCAACCUGGUCAUGUACUUUUUCCUCUACGAGGACGAGUUCGGCCCCUUCUUUAACGACGAGAUCCCCGUCACGCAUCUCUACUUCGGCCGCUCGGUCAGCAAGGAGGUCCUGGGCCGCGUCGGCCUCCACUGCCCCCGCCUAGUGGAGCUGGUGGUGUGCGCCAACGGCUUGCGGCCCCUCGACGAGGAGCUGAUCCGCAUCGCCAAGCACUGCACUCAGCUGUCGGCCAUCGGCCUCGGGGAGUGCGAGGUGUCCUGCAGCGCCUUCGUGGAGUUUGUAAAAAUGUGCGGCAGGAGGCUGUCCCAGCUGUCCAUCAUGGAGGAGGUGCUGAUCCCGGAUCAUAAAUACUCCCUGGACGAGAUACACUGGGAGGUGUCCAAACAUCUGGGCCGGGUCUGGUUCCCGGACAUGAUGCCCACCUGGUAGGAGGGGUUGGAGCUCCGCCUCCAAGUCUGAGCGGUAGUGACCUGUUAGGUGCCUACCUGACAAACAAGACAAGCAAUUUUAUUUUUUUGUUUUUUUCUGCUCUGCAUCAGGAUAGGUGUGGCUCCGUGUAAAUAUGUAAGCACUGGUGCAGAAAUGCUUUAACAUGUGGAACAAUUUGCAGGAAAUCAGGUUAGCUGCACAUCGUUACUCUACCACUUGGCCUACAUUCUGCCCGCUGCAACCAAAACGGCUUUAGAGGUUUCCAAGUUAAUGCAAACUUAGGUAAGUGGAGGAAGCAGCAGAAGGGGGUUUUAGUUCUUUCAAAUGUUGCUGACUGGGAUUUUUUUAUGUUCCAGACAAGCAGCUGGUUGCUAAAAGCUCUUUUUUUUUUUUACCUGUUUUAACUCAUUCAAGGAUCUUAAACUUUUUUUUCCAAAAUGUCCGACGUUGGCAGAAAGUAACUUGUACAUAUAGUAGAUAUUUGUGCCGUGAAGGUGUACAGUGUUGCAGUAACGUAACUGAAUCGUCUUUCUGUUUGUACAUCAAAUGCUCUGUAUAUUUAAGACAUUUUCUUUCUCUCUGUAAAAGAAUAUCUUUUUUUUUUUUUUUGUAGUGUGAGAUUUUUCUACGCACCUUAAAUAAAAUCCAAAUGACAGCUGAUGCGGAUCAAGUCUGUACGGCCAAAUAAUGCAGAUUUUCUAAUGAAGUUUUAUAUGGUGCCGGCGCCCUGAUCAGUCUGAUCCCAGACGCCGAAUGUUUGGAUGAUAAAACUAUGAUCAAAGAAGGAAAACAAUCAGUUAACAGUGCCUUGCAAAAGACGUGCAUACCCCUGGAAUGUCUCCACAUUUUGUCCUUCUACAUCUUCAAACCUAAAGGUAUUUCACAGAGGCAGAUCGACACAAACAAAGGGAUUAAUCGCGAUUAAUUGAUUAUUGUAAUAAUCGUUGACUAAUUUAGUAAUAGAUUAAUCGUUAACUGGAGUUUAGAGACUGUAAGAUGUGAAUUUAUGUGAGAGAUUAACCAACCCUUCAGCUGCAAUUAUAACAUAAUUGUAAAACAAAUAUAAAGAUUUUGCAUUUAAGGUGAAAAAAAAAAGCUUUUCCGUCUGUCAAUAUGCUCUAUCCAGAUCUCCCCAUGUGGAAUGUUUUUAAGUUUCACCUGGUUUAAUUUCAUGAAAACAUCUUCUUUAAGGAACCUUUUGCUAUCUGAUUAUUUAUCGAUUAAUAAAAACCAAUCGACAAAUGAAUCGAUUUGCAUAAUAAUUGUUACAAGGAUACAGGUGAGAAAUUAAUGGGGAAAAAUUUUAUGCAGAUUUGUCCUCGGA